GAAAUUUUAUAAUAAUCGGUUAACAACAAGAUCUAACACACGGAAACCGAAACUCCAAAAGCCAGAGCGAGGAGGCCAUAUAUCGAAUCGAGGGAAAUCCAUUAAAAAUGGCUGACGAGUAUAUACCAGAUGUCAGCGUCAUGGACACAAUUGUGCCCGCCUUGCUUGGACUUACUGCGGCAGCGAUUCUCUCAUCGGUUGCCUGCAUUUGUGCCAAGCAUAUGAGGAUUCGGAAUAAGAAGCAGAACCAGCUUGAUGCCUCGUUUCCGUUUCAACCCACACGACGUCCGACUGCAGUUCGUUCACCCAGUGGCCAGCCACCGCAUUAUCUAAAGAAAUCGCCAUCGCCAACUGGCGGCAAGCAGAUGGGUUUGCUGUCACCAAUGCAGGAUCAAUCCACUUCACCGAUGGGACCGCAACCAGUGAAAUAUACCGAAGAGGAUGAGCUACCACAGCAGCAGCAGCAACAACAUCAGCAUCAACAACAGCAGCAACAGCAACAGCAGCAACAACAACAACAACAUUUGCCGAAUAACAAACUAAGCGUGACGGAUGGCAUGACAACUAGUCUGAAUCAUCAUCAUCAUCAUUCACCGGUGGAGACAAUUGCAAAUGGUAAUGUCACCAUCACACUGGACGAUCAGGCUCUGAGCAAUGGCAAGGAGGUGACUGUAACCGAUCAGUAUGGCAAAUUGGGAACCAUUUACUUCAAGCUGCGCUAUUUGGCCGAAAGGAAUGCUUUAAUGGUUUCGAUUAUACGCUGUCGAGGACUACCCUGCAAGGGAGGAGUAAGUGGCACUGGGGAUAUACCAACGGGCAUGAAUGGUCGCACUCAGGCGGCCACCGAUCCGUAUGUAAAGCUUCAAUUGUUGCCGGACAAACAGCAUAAGGUGAAGACCCGUGUGGUGCGAAAUACUCGCAAUCCAGUCUACGAUGAGGACUUCACUUUCUAUGGCCUGAACAUGAACGAUUUGCAGAAUAUGUCCUUGCAUUUUGUUAUACUCAGUUUUGAUCGUUAUUCCCGCGACGAUGUGAUUGGCGAAGUUGUCUGCCCCUUGACAUCCAUUGAGAUUGGUGACAUUUCCAAGGAGGCUUUAUCCAUCAGCAAGGAGAUUCAGCCACGCAGCCUAAAGAUCCGUGCCCAGGGACGUGGUGAACUCCUGAUCUCUUUGUGCUGGCAACCAGCAGCUGGGCGCUUGACUGUGGUCCUCUUGAAGGCUAGAAAUCUACCACGCAUGGAUGUGACUGGUCUGGCUGAUCCCUAUGUAAAGAUCUAUUUGCUGUACAAUGGACAAAGGAUUGCCAAGAAGAAGACACAUGUCAAGAAACGCACUCUAAGUCCCGUCUUUAAUGAGAGUUUCGCCUUCGAUAUACCAGCAGCUGAGGGAACUGGCGCUAGUCUAGAAGGUGUCUCGCUGGAGCUAAUGCUACUCGACUGGGAUCGUGUGACCAAAAAUGAGGUGAUUGGACGCUUGGAAUUGGGUGGACCCAGCUCAAGUAGCACCGCUUUGAAUCAUUGGAAUGAGGUUUGCAAUUCACCGCGACGUCAGAUUGCCGAAUGGCACAAGCUGAAUGAGUAAACUAAAAUGAAGUGAGUCUAUGUGUGUGGGUGAUUGAGUUGAAUGAGUACAGAAUAAACCACCUUGGAGAUAAAAUUGAAUCCCGGCGCUGGCGUCGCUCUCAUCUAUGAAGCAGGCAAACACAACGGGAGUCAUACUUGAACGGGAAUCAUAUGUAUGAGCUCGUAUUCAAACCCAUUUCGUUUUCAAUACUUAACUUUUCAUAUAUUUAGUCUCCGAUAUUUAUUUCCAUUUCCUUGUAAUUUGUUUUCCAAAAAUACACCAUGCAAAAGAUUGCAUUCAAAUUCAA